AUGAGGAGCUUCAGGGAGGAGGUGACCUCUAACAUGCAAAACCAAGAGGCUGCUAUCAAAAAACUUGAGACACAAGUGGAUUACUUAUCCAAACAAAUUCUGACCCACUGCUCUCCAAGUGGUGCCAAGACAAACCAAAGGGAGGAAUGCAAGGCCAUUACACUAAGAAGUGGGAAGGAGCUGAAGGAAACCACAAGGGAGGCACAAGAGGAGCGAGUGGAUGCAAAUGAAAGUGAUAAAGAAGAAGCGCCAACACCCCAUCCUAGCCCACCUAAGGAAAAGGAGAUCUUAAAACCAUAUGCUCCAAAGGCUCCAUAUCCUCAACGAUUGAAGAAGGAUGAAAAAGACAACCAAUUUUCCAGAUUUUUGGACAUUUUCAAGCAGUUUCAAAUCAAUAUUUCAUUUGCUGAGCACAAAUUACCUCAGAAAUUGAAGGAUCCUGGAAGCUUACAAAUUUCUUGCAUCAUAGGAGAAAUAACAGUGGAGAAAGCCUUGUGUGAUUUGGUAGCCAGUAUAAAUCUGAUGUCCUUAGCAAUGAUGAGGAGAAUGAAGAUUGAGGAAGCUAAGCCAACAAGAAUGGCACUCCAACUAGCAGACAGAUCAUUCAAAUUUCCUCAUUGA